AUGUGUCUCAGGGAUACCAAAAACGUGGAAUCUGGCUCUGGAGAUGCAUUCAUCUCUCUUCCGGACGAGAUACUUGCAAAGAUCUUGUCUUUUCUUCCCACUAAACGAGCUGCUUCAACGUCUCUUAUCUCCAAAAGGUGGAGGCAUCUGUUUCCAUUGAUGAAUCAUCUCUUUGCAUCUCAACACCGUCUCGAUUUAGAUGACUCAGAUCUUGUUUAUCCCGACGAGGGUAAAAGAGAGAGGAGAAUAGCUGCUCACUGGAGCUUCAGGAAUAGGAAAAUAGCUUCUCAUCACCAUAGCUUCAGGAAUUUCGUUGAGAAAACACUUUCCGGCAGCAAAACCAUAAAGAAACUCUCACUAAACUGUCAAUACGGUGUUCUAAGCUGCGACAUUAUCGACCAAUGGUUACGCAAGGCCUUGGAACGAGGUGUCGUGGAUCUCGACCUGCUGUCCACGGAGUGUACACUGCGAUGCUUCCUGCUUGUCCAAUACUUGAGGAAUUGUCCUUACAUUACCUAUUCAGUGACUUCAGAAAUGGUUAUGUAUGCAACCCAUGUGAGAGUACCUUGUUUUACAAACCUUGUUAAGCUUUCUAUCGAGAGCAAUACAAUAAAAGGUUGGAAAUUGCUUCGUCUUAUUCUCCACAAAUCUCGAAAGCUAGAAACUUUGGUCCUCAAGGGCCUGCGCUGUGUAAGAAAUAAGAGAGGCGUCUACGUUGAUCGAAAUAAAGUGAAGGUGUUGCAGAUAUAUGGGUUUGGAGGAAGUUGUAGUGAAUUUAGACAAGUGGACUGCUUUUUGGGCCAAAUGCAGUUUCUUCAAGUGAUGAAAGUGGAACUUGAUGCUGAUGAGAAGGACAAACCGCGACUCAUGAAUCAGCUUCUUGAUCUUAAGUGCCAAAUCCAGCUCCUAAAAAAGCAGAGAAAGAGAAUGUUCAUGAGUGAAGCCAAAGCCGGUCGUGGAGCCUGUCUUGUCUGGCUCCAUACAUCUCAUCUACUUUCUCGCCGUGUCUGUAAAACUGGAAAGUCGGUGUGUAACGGAUGUGGUGAAGAAUGGGCAAUUGGAUCUAUGUGUCUGAGGGAUACCAAAAACGUGGAAUCUGGCUCUGGAGAUGCAUUCAUCUCUCUUCCGGAUGGGAUACUUGCAAAGAUCUUGUCUUUUCUUCCCACUAAACGAGCUGCUUCAACGUCUCUUCUCUCCAAAAGGUGGAGGGAUCUGUUUCCAUUGAUGAAUCAUCUCUUUUGCAUCUCAACACCGUCUCGAUUUAGAUGA